AUGAAAAACCCUUGUGAUGAUUCAAUUCUCCCAUUCGAACUCCUCAUGGAAAUCUUGUCACGGCUACCCGUGAAGACCCUCAUGCAAUUCGUGAGAGUUUGCAAGUCAUGGAAAUCACUGAUCAUUAAUGAUCCAUCCUUCGCAAAACUACACCUCAAUAUAUCUCCCAAAAACACACACAUUCUCCUCACCAAAGAAGACAACCCCUACGAAUUUGAAAAUCAGGACAGUUGGGUUGUUCCAUGCUCUAUGCGUUGCUUGAUGGAGGAUCCGUCGUCCAUUAUCGAUGUUGAAGGGUGCUACCAUCUGAAGGGAAAUCAUUUGGUGAUUGGCUCUUGUAAUGGAUUGGUUUGUUUGGGAAACUUUUAUGAUGUUGGCCCAAUUGAAGAAUUUUGGGUUCAGCUUUGGAACCCGGCCACACACUUGAUGUCUAAGAAGUCACCAACCUUUCACCUGAGCAUGCGAACUUCAGUGGAUGCUCCGCGGGGUAAGGUGAAUUUGGGGUUCGGCUAUGAUAAUUCACAUGAUACUUAUAAGGUGGCGGUGGUGCACUGGGAUUGUACAGAGAAGAAAAUGAUGGCAAGAGUUUAUUGCAUGAACAAUAUUUGUUGCAGAAAGAUUUUGAGUGACUCUUCUUCCCCUAUUUUGCUACGUCAAAUCGUGGGAAACUUUGUGGGUGGUUGUGUUAACUGGUUAGCACUUAAAAAUAUGAACGAUCCCGAAUAUCAAUGGGACAAUGUUACUCUCGAGCAACUGGUUAUUGCUUCCCUUGACAUGAGUAAGGAGGUGUAUACAUAUAUGUUACUUCCUGAGGGUGUUAAUGAGGUGCUUCAUUUUGAGCCAGAUCUCGAGGUUCUAGGAAAUCACAUGUGUCUUUUUCAUGACCGUAGUAAAACUCAUUUUGUUGUGUGGAAAAUGAGAGAAUUUGGAAAACGAGAGUCUUGGACUCGAUGGAUGAGUUUUAGUUAUGAGAAUCUUGGAUGUGAAGGAUUUUUGUAUAGUCACGUGCCAAUGUUCUUGUCUGAAGAUGAUAACAUCCUUUUGCUUGCACAAACUGAGGACUUGGAGUUUGUCAAGUAUAUAUAA